CAUACUAUAAGAAUUUUAGGUGUAAGGCGCAUGCCCCGAAUAAGUAGUACGUCAACAAUUGAUGUGAUUAUGUCAAGAAAAAAAGGAGUUUUAAGUUGUGUGGAAUUUUGACGGAACACAAUUUAUCGAAUGAAUCUGGAUUCUUGAUUAUCGCUCGUUAAAAUGACGCAAACUUUGGAUGAUGCGCGACUUGCUGCUCGUAGAGCUGUGCAAUUCGAUAGAAAUUCUCAAUACGAGCAAGCUUUGUAUUAUUAUGAUAUUGCUAUAAAGCUUCUUGCCAGACUGCAAUUAGAUAGCACGUAUGAAGACAAGCUUACAGAAUAUCGUGAGAGAAUUACUUUAAUACAACGCCUCAUUCAUGAAGAAGAACAAAAUAAACAUAAACCAGAAUCUUUACAUCAAUCCGAGUUACAAAGAUGUAAAUUUCUCAUGAAUCAAGCAUUAGAUGCAGAUGAAGCAGGUUUAAAAGACAUUGCAGUAAAAUUGUAUACUGAUGCUGCGGAACUUGGUCUUAGCACAAAAACUGUUGACACAGAAAUAAAAACAAAAUUAACAAAUCUUGUCAGAGUUGCUGUCGAACGGGCAGAGUCCCUGAAAGGAAUCAAAACUCCAGAUAAUGGUGUUAUGAAAAGUCUUGCUAAACUACCAUCUGUACCAGAAACCAAUUUUCCAGAUAUUGAACAGCCAAUACAAUCGGAACAACCAGUAAAUGCAUCAUCAACUACUCCAGCAAGAAAUGAUAGAUCUUCGCUUCAUCGAGGAAGCAGUGGGCAUCUCAAAGUAACUGGUGGUAGUACCAAUUACACUGAAGAAGAAAAGAAAGUGUUACUUCAUAGUUCUCAUAUAAAUGAUAAUGAAUUUGUACCAUUUAUGAAUAUUGAUCUUGCUGAAAAAUUUCAAUAUGCCUUUCCAUUUACCGAUAAAGAUGGAUUAUUAGAGCUGGCACCAAAGCAAAAACCAGAUUUUGCUGGAUGGCGUCGUCCAGAAGAAUUAUAUUCUGAUCCUAAAAUGGUCAUUGGCCAUCAUGUUGAUUACUAUAGCAUAAAACAGACUGUAGUUUCGGAUUGUUCAUUUGUCGCUUCUCUGGCUGUAAGUGCUCAAUAUGAGAAAAAGUUUGGACGAAGACUCAUAACAUCUAUUAUUUAUCCCAAAAAUAAAUAUAAAGAACCCAUAUAUAAUCCAUUUGGAAAAUACAUGGUGAAACUACACAUCAAUGGCAUUCCACGUAAAGUAAUAAUAGAUGACCUCCUGCCUGUAAGCCGAUACAACCAAUUACUCUGUUCCUACUCUAGCAAUCAUGGGGAGCUAUGGAUUUCUUUACUCGAGAAAGCUUAUAUGAAAGUAAUGGGUGGUUAUGAUUUUCCUGGAUCGAAUAGUAAUAUAGAUUUGCAUGCCUUAACCGGUUGGAUACCUGAAAGAUGGGCGAUAAGACCAAAUGAAGUAGAUUUUAAUAAGGAUAAUUUAUUUGACAUAUUACUGUUACGACUUCAUAAGGGAGACGUGCUAGUCACUGUAGCUACAGGAGAAUUAUCAGAUUUGGAUGCAGAUCGUACUGGUCUCGUACCAAGUCACGCAUAUGCCGUUCUUGAUGUGAGAAAGAUUAAUGGAGAAAGAUUACUACAAUUAAAAAAUCCGUGGUCUCAUUUGCGAUGGAGAGGAAAUUAUUCUGAGCUUGAUAUAAAACAUUGGACUCAAGAUUUGAAAGAAAUGUUAAAUUACGAUCCAGAAUCUGCUUCGGUAUUUGAUAAUGGCGUUUUUUGGAUUGAUUACGAUAGUAUAUGUCGAUUCUUCGAUGUAUUCUAUCUAAAUUGGAAUCCAGGAUUAUUUAAUUAUACUUAUUGCAUACAUCAAAUGUGGAAAGCUGGCAUUGGGCCUGUGAAAGAUGCAUAUAAUAUUGGUGACAAUCCACAAUUUUCAUUGGAAAUACAAAGUAGAGGAUCUGGUGCUAUCUGGAUACUUCUUACAAGGCAUAUUACAGAUAUAGCAGAUUUUCGAGAAAAUCAAGAAUAUAUUACAGUUUUAAUUUAUCGCAAUGAUGGAAAAAGAGUAUAUUAUCCACAUGAUCCACCACCAUACAUUGAUGGCGUGAGGAUAAAUAGUCCACAUUAUUUAUGUAAAAUUAAACUUGGAGAUCAAAGUGAUACAAAGUAUACAUUAGUGAUAUCUCAGUAUGAAAAAACAAAUACUAUAUAUUACACACUUCGUGCAUACGGAACAUGUCCAUUUAUAUUACGGAAAAUAUCUCAACUUUAUAAAUAUGAAAAAGAGGUCACAGGUCAAUGGAAAGACUCUACAGCAGGAGGAUGUGGGAAUCAUCCCACUUAUGUGAAUAAUCCACGAUAUCAAAUAGUGCUUGAAAGCGCCAAUAACAAUAAUUAUUUAUUAAUUAUUUUGAAAGGACCUAAGCAAUAUCAAAUAGGUUUUGAUAUUAAUACCGUUAUAUUGAAUGAUACAAAUGCAGCAACUAUGUUUAAGACAAAAAGUUCUGGGCCAUUUAGAUCUGGAUUUGUAUAUUUGGAAUUAGAAGAUGUACCUGCAGGAACGUACCAUAUUGUUCCUUCAACAUAUAUACCUGGUCAAGAGGGACCGUUUUUCUUAAUUUGUAAAUCUUCUUGUAAUUUACAAUUACAACUUCUUUAACAAAUUAUAUAAAUUGUUGAAUUAUACUGCAGAUUGAUUUUAAAUUAUAAUUUUUAAUGUAUAU